GCGAUUGCUCAGAUCGCUUUUUCUGCUGUUCCGUUGGUCAAGGAGAUGGACAAGAGGGCUUUCAAAAGACGCCCAUUAACAAUAGCCAGGGUACCUUAGCUUGCAACAAAAAACAAUCGAUGCAAUGGCAUACCCAUUGCAACCAUUACUGGUUGAAGCAUGCAGACAUGGACGCAAGGAAGGCAGUCAAAGUCGGCGUCUAGGGUAUCGUGGUCAGCAACCACGGCGGCCGACAGCAAGACGGAGGGAACAGCAGCCUGGGCAUGCUACCGCACAUCGUAGAUGCCGUGGGUGACAAACUGACGAUAUUCUUCGAUAGUGGGGUGCGAUGCGGCGCAGACAUUGCUAAGGCGCUUGCAUUCGGCGCAGAUUGUGUAUUGAUUGGAAGGCCGUAUGUAUAUGGCCUGGUGUUAGGAGGUGAGGGCGGAGUGAGUCAUGUAUUGAAGAGUUUGAUAGGUGAUCUAGAGCUCACCUUGCAUAUUGCGGGGAUUUCGAGUGUGAAGAAGAAGGAUCUGAAUCGGGGGGCGUUGGUGAGUGAGGAGUAUCUAUUUAAUGGCGUGAAGGGAAUUAGCAUUCAUUGGGGGCCGCGGUAUGGCGUCGAGCAGCAUUUUAUUUCCCCUUUACCUCUAGCCAUACUUCAACUGUUAUCGCAUCCACAAACCGUAUCAUCAUUCUUUCCUCCACAAGUUUCGACUAGUGGGAUGCUUCCCAACUUCAGCGCUCCAAUGUCCAUCUGCCUCUCUAUCACCCCGGAUAUGGCAUCUCGGCAGACACCUGCGGAACGCCUAGCUCCAGCAGCAACGGACUGGAAACCGGAUACGAAGAAGGUGAAGCUCGACGAUCGACUGCAACACACCGAAGACUUACUUGCGAGACACCGGCCGUACGCCUCGCUUUCCAUCCAGCAAAGAGCUUUCCCAAGGAAAAGAAGCUGGCGAAAACUAGGGAGGAACUCAACACUGAAGCAACAGCGCACUUUGACCUCCAAUAUCAAAGACGAGAAGACAUUGACGAGUACCUGGCCCUUGAUGACGAGCUCGAGGAAUGCAAGAGCGUCCUAAAAAGGGAGAAAGAGGCGCAUCGGUCCACCGUAGAGUGGCUCAAGUGGCAGAUACAAAUUAUUCGAAUUCUCCACGAGGAAAAGGAGCACAAAGAGCAUUAGGUCCGUGAGCUUCUAGAGGCGGGAAGGAAGUUGACGGAUGAGAAGAUGACGUGGAAGAAGCGGCGCAAGUCCCUUUACGGAACGCUAGCGCAGGAGGUCGAGGAUAGGCACUGGGGCAAUCGAGAUGUACUGGACGAAAUCCAGGGGUGUCUUCACGAGACGUUUGGUGUUCACCUGGAGGAUGGUCAUAAGCAAAACGGACAUGGAACAUAGGACUACGACCGGUAAAAGACUCG